CCCCUGACCUCCAAUAUCAUUUCUACGUUUUCCACCAGCAAAACAGAAAUGAACGUGGAGAGAGAGAGGGGUUCGCGGGUGGAGAGAGGGAUAGAGAGAGAGGCAGUCUCACCAACUUCCGGCGACAUCUCCGGCCAAGACUAGUCGUUGAACGACGGUCGAGAAUAGCAAGAAGGCUCAGGGCUGAAUAACAAAUGCCUCAAACAGUGUGGUUCCUCAAGCCUUUCAUUUACUCUCCGCCUACUACUACUACUACUACCAGUUGGAGUAAACCAAUGAUAUGCGGAAGCUUACUUGACAGCAACCUAAAAAUACAUAAAAGAGGAGAGGUAGUUUGUUUUGGUAUGCUGGCCCCAAGAAAGUUCUUGCGAAAGAGAAAGAAAGUAGAAGUUUUCAAAGAUGCAGCUGAUGAAGCAGAUCAGAAAAACUGGAGGAAACUGAUGAAUGAAAUUGAUGAGUCUGGGUCUGCAGUUUCAGUACUGAGAAGCGUAAGGAUUGAAAAACACUCACUUCCUAAGGACCUUGUCGUGGGCACGCUGGUUAGAUUUAAGCAGCUGAAGAAAUGGAACAUUGUUAGCGAGAUUCUUGAAUGGCUUUGGCUUCAAGAUUGCUGGGAUUUUAGUGAGAUGGAUUUUCUGAUGCUUAUUACGGCUUAUGGGAAGCAAGGGGAGUUUAAUAAAACUGAAACUGUUUUGAACUUCAUGACCAAGAAGGGUUAUCCACCGUCUGUGAUAUCCCACACUGCCCUUAUGGAAGCAUAUGGAAGAGGAGGCCAAUACAAUAAGGCAGAGGCAACAUUCCGGAGGAUGCAAUCUUCUGGCCCUGAACCUUCUGCUGUAACGUAUCAGAUUAUUCUCAAAAUAUUUGUUGAGGGCAACAAGUUUGAAGCGGCUGAAGAGAUAUUUGAAUCCCUUUUGAAUGAUAAGAGUUCACCCUUGAGACCAGAUCAAAAGAUGUUCCAUAUGAUGAUUUAUUUGUUUGGGAAAGCAAGGAACUAUGAGAAAGCUCGUAAAAUGUAUGCAUUGAUGGCUGAGAGGGGAGUGCAAAGAUCUACAGUUACUUAUAAUAGCUUAAUGUCGUUUGAAAGAAGUUACAAGGAGGUCUCAAAUAUCUAUGAUGAGAUGCAAAGAGCUGGUGUUCAACCCGAUGUCGUGAGUUAUACACUGCUCAUCAGUGCUUAUGGAAAAGCUAGAAGGGAAGAAGAAGCGUUGGCUGUUUUUGAGGAGAUGCUUGAUGCAGGUGUCAGGCCAACACAAAAAGCUUAUAACAUCUUGCUUCAUGCGUUCGCUCUCUCUGGAAUGGUGGAGCAAGCUCGAAUUGUUUUCAAGAGCAUGCGGAGAGACAGAUGUACGCCUGAUCUCUACUCUUAUAAUACUAUGUUAUUAGCUUAUGUGAAUGCAUCUGACAUGGAAGGAGCCGAGAAAUUCUUCAGAAGAAUAAAACAAGAUGAAUUUGAACCCGAUGUUGUCGCUUAUGGGACACUGAUCAAUGGCUACGCAAAGGCGAACAAUCUUGAGAAGAUGAUGGAGAAAUACGAAGAAAUGCGUGUUUCUAGUAUCAAAGCCAAUCAAACUGUCUUGACAACAAUCAUGGAUGCAUAUGGGAAGAAUAAAGAUUUUGACAGUGCUGUUGUGUGGUUCAAAGACAUGGAAUCUUGUGGGGUUGUUCCUGAUAAGAAAGCAAAGAACGUUCUUUUAUCUUUGGCAAAAACAACGGAAGAACUAACGGAAGCUAGGCAACUAGUAGGACAUACCGAUUCUAAUGCCAAUGAAAACACUGGUGAUGGGUUCCCUAAGUCGGUUAUAGAUGAAGACGAAGAUGAUGAAGACGAAGACGAUGACUAUGACUACGAUUUUGCAAAGGAGAUCCUUUCUGUUCAGUAAAGAGAAAAUGAGUCGAUUGCUUCGACUGACGAGCUUCAAUAUAAUGUUUUACAUGUUGUAAAGUCUGAUGCUCCGUAAAGUUGGAAUGUCUUGUAUGUAGUGGUAAAAUUUUAAAUGACUAAGCUCUUGGAUAAAUCUGGUGAGUUUAGUCUGAGAACAUUUUAUGACAACGAUGUCAUUCCAAUGUAGGCUACGGCAUCAAUCCAGGUUUCUAAAUGCUACAAUGAGUUGAUUUUGCCGAUUA